AUCUAUAGUAUUUUUGAUAUAUCUGUGAUAUCAGUGUGUCACAAAAUAGAUUAUAAUUUAUUAUGCAUAUUAUAUUAUUCGUAUAUGAAUACCUACCGAUUGAAAUGUUGACUUGCCAGUUGCCACUAAGAUUAGUCUUUGCCAACUGACCAAUUAUUAUAAUUUAGAGUUGCAGGUCGCAGCUGCUCUAAAGUGUUGAGUAGAACAAUCUGUCGCGACACUUCCGGUUCGGACCACGACUGUGAUAAUGACGAUAUUGUACAUAAUGCCGCGCGGGUCGUUUGCCUCUGUAGUCGCCCGGUCGCCGUCGCACUAGAGUGUUGUCUUCGUCACACGUCUGUCGUCUUGUCGCGUUGAGCCGGUACCGAAGAGGCGGCGAGUUUUUAUCAUAUUUCUCGAAAUGGGCAAAGCCGAGAUCGCCACCAAGAAAUCGAACAACUCGGCCUCCUUAUGGGAUUUUAUCCGUAUAGAAUUUAAACGUGGCUAUUCUUUAGAAAAUGACGAAAAAGAAUUUUCAGACAGAAGAGAAAAAGUGUAUACUUUUAUGAAAAUACCCUUAGAAGUAGAACGAUUCAUGUUUUAUGGCUUUUGUCAGUGUGCAGAUUCAUUCCUAUUUGUUUAUACAUUCCUACCAUUAAGAGCAUUAGUAGCAUUGAAAUCAUUAAUUUGUAGUUCCUUAUCAAAAUUUAAGUAA